UCAUUUCUUCAUUCUAAUUGCGCGUUGGAGAGGAAGAAAUUUCUGCAAUUUCAGUAUUUCUUCUUCUCCAUAGCCUCCCUUCUUUCCAUAUUCAUACGUCUACAAAUAGACAACAUUUUCAAUCAUUUCCAGGUGAUCCUAUUAAGUGCAAAAUACUGAUCCUUCAGAAAAAUUCCUUUAGUUCCCAAAAAAGCAGAUUCCACUCAAUUUCCAAAAAUGUUUGGCUUCAGGAAAGGUAAAGCAGACUCUGCUACUACAAAUACAACCCCUUCACAUUCUGAUGAAAAACAUGGAACUAAAAAUGCGCGAAGAACUUCUUCCGAACCAGUUCUUGUCACACCAGAUGAUGAUGAUUUUGGAACAUCAUCAUCGUCAGGGACAAGGAACAAAAAUAAAAGUAAGACACAGGACUUCGAUAACAUGUCUAUGCAAGAAUUGGAAGGUUAUGCUGUAAAUCAAGCUAAGGAGACCACAAGCUCGGUGAAUAACUGUUUGAAGAUAGCUGAGGAUAUUAGACAGGAUGGUGCUAAGACACUCGAUACCUUGCAUAAGCAAGGUGAGCAAAUUCAUCGUACUCACAUGAUGGCUGUUGAUAUGGACCGCGAUUUGAGCAAGGGGGAGAAGUUAUUGAACAAUCUUGGUGGUAUGUUCUCUAUGCCUUGGAAGCCGAAGAAGAGCCAUGAUAUUAAAGGGCCUCGAACUUCAAAAGAUGAUAAUUAUAGAGGGAAAGAAAGUAGUGCAAAUGAAAGGGAAAAAUUAGGUUUAUCUAAUGGUAAAAAAGGAAAGUCAGCCUCAAGCACACCUCCUCCUGAAUCGAUGAACGCUAUGCAGCAAGUGGAGUUGGAGAAGGCGAAGCAAGAUGAUGCACUUUCAGAUCUUAGCAACAUAUUGGGUGAUCUAAAAGGCAUGGCUGUUGACAUGGGAUCUGAACUUGACAAGCAAAACAAAGCUAUUGAUGAUCUUGACAAAGAUGUGGAGGAAUUAAACUCUCGAGUUAAAGGUGCCAAUCGACGUGCACGUCAAAUAGUUGGGAAGUGAGAGAGGACUCUUGCUCUUGCUUCAACAUCAGAUUUACUGAAGUUUCUGGCAUUUGGCUCAAGGCCUGUUUGAAGUUUUGGUUGUUUCUUGUAUUCUUUUUCAAUCAUUUUUUUUGUCAUUAAGAUUACCUUUUUCAUUCCAAGUUUAAUGGAUUGUUUCAUUGUUUAAUUGUUCAUUUGUGGAUAAAAUAAUCAAAUAGGCCUUUGCACA